UCCUGACGGCUAGAGGGCGCUGUAGGGGCGCUGCGCUGUCUGCCUGUACUGCUGCCCGCGCUCUCUGUGUCUCUCUCCCGUGAUGGCGGAGGACAGUGAGUCGGCGGCUAGCCAGCAGAGCUUGGACCUGGAUGACCAGGACACCUGCGGCAUUGACGGUGAUAACGAGGACGAAGCCGAGCAUGCCAAGGGGAGCCCUGCUGGGGAUCUAGGAGCCAAAAAAAAGAAGAAGAAACAAAAGAGGAAAAAGGAAAAGCCAAAUUCUGGUGGCGCCAAGUCCGACUCUGCAUCUGAUUCUCAAGAAAUAAGGACACAGCAGCCUUCAAAAAAUCCAGCCAUCCCAAUGCAAAAACUGCAAGACAUCCAGAGAGCCAUGGAGCUGCUUUCUGCCUGCCAGGGACCCGCAAAGAACCUUGAUGAGGCAAGCAAACGUAAAUACCAGUUUUGGGAUACACAGCCUGUACCAAAACUUAACGAAAUUAUAACAUGUCACGGUCCUAUUGAGCCUGACAAGGACAACAUACGCCAAGAGCCAUACUCAUUGCCUCAGGGAUUUAUGUGGGAAACACUGGACUUGAGUAAUGCCGAGGUGCUAAAAGAACUGUACACUUUGUUAAAUGAAAAUUAUGUGGAAGACGACGAUAAUAUGUUCCGAUUUGAUUAUUCCCCGGAGUUUCUACAAUGGGCUCUGCGUCCCCCUGGCUGGUUAUCGCAAUGGCACUGUGGUGUUAGGGUUGCCUCCAACAAGAAACUAGUGGGUUUCAUUAGUGCGGUUCCUGCUUCAAUCCGUAUUUAUGAUACUGUAAAGAAGAUGGUAGAAAUCAAUUUUCUUUGUGUCCAUAAAAAGCUGCGAUCGAAGAGAGUGGCUCCUGUGCUUAUCCGGGAAAUAACAAGGAGAGUUAAUCUGGAGGGGAUAUUCCAGGCAGUUUAUACAGCAGGAGUUGUUCUUCCGAAGCCUGUGUCAACAUGCAGAUACUGGCAUCGCUCCUUAAAUCCUAGAAAACUGGUAGAUGUGAAGUUUUCUCAUCUAAGUAGAAAUAUGACGUUACAAAGGACAAUGAAGCUUUACAGGCUGCCAGAUGCCACAAAGACCACGGGUUUAAGACCAAUGGAAAGGAAGGAUAUUACAAUGGUCCAGCAUUUACUAAACGACUAUCUGAAGCAGUUUUGCCUUGCUCCUUUCAUGGAUGAAGAGGAGGUUGUGCACUGGUUUCUUCCUCAGGAUCACAUUGUUGACACCUAUGUUGUAGAGAGUUCAAAUGGGGUUCUAACAGAUUUUUUCAGUUUCUACACGUUACCGUCGACAGUGAUGCACCACCCCAACCAUAAAACUCUCAAGGCAGCAUAUUCCUUCUACAACAUCCAUACGGAAACGCCUCUGUUGGACCUAAUGAACGAUGCACUAAUUAUUGCCAAAUUGAAAGGAUUCGAUGUUUUUAAUGCUCUCGAUUUAAUGGAAAACAGAAUUUUCUUGGAAAAGCUGAAGUUUGGGAUUGGAGAUGGCAAUCUGCAGUAUUAUCUGUAUAACUGGAAGUGUCCAGCCAUGGAAUCUGAUAAGGUCGGCUUAGUGUUGCAGUAAGAAGUGCAUUUACAUUCCAUCUGUAGUCAUCCGAAGGGACUCAAGUAGCCUCUGUGCAUGAACAAAAAGUACAUGGAAGCAAACGGAAAGGGAAUGGAAACCUGAAAUGACGGGAAAUCUUAGAAUGCUGGCAGAUCCGGACACCACACAGGCAUGGGACCGCGCCGUCAUGAAUCUUCUUUUUCAUGAAGAACUUGUACAAAAAUAACUAAAGCACAUUCCUUUCAAUUUAAAACUUUUUCCUUUGUGGACUGAGUUUCUGGUCUUUAACCCAACAUCAUUUUUAUACAGAAAACUGCAGAAUGCAUGUAAAAUAAAACUCUUUACAUUCGGUGGUAUCAUCAAGACCUUGGUUCUGAGAACGCCAACAAGUGACUGCGUUUGAGAGAGCACAGACAACAUGGACACUCUCUGGCUUUAACAUUUGGAUAUUGCUGCUGUACUUGUCCUGGCAUUCUGCUGCUGGUCCUACUCACCAGAAAUGGAAUUAGCUUUUUCUAUUUAAGUCACAGUGUUAUAUUGAAACUAUAAACCUGGUAACUGGCUGGAGCUAAUAUUGAUUACGCCAGAAUGGAAAGGUUUUAUUUUUUUUUUGGAGGGGGGGUGGGACUGGCGCUUUGAAAGGUCCAUUUGUGUUUAGCUGGCAUGUAGCUUAAUGCAUUGAUUCCCAAACUUGCUUUCAUAUUUGAGCUUGUGCAUGGUUUCUGGAUCAGAUUUUUAAGGAACACGUAUGAAUUACUGAGUGUAGAAAUUGGUACAAUAACCUGCCUUCUGUGGGGAUAUUCUGAAAACAUGCAAUGUUCCUGAAACAUGAGAACCAUUACACCCAGGAGGUUUAAUGCAGUAGAGAUGCUUCUUUUAAAUCCAGGACUUGAUUCUAAUUCUUUUGCCAAGAGCAGGGGUCCCCAACCUUUUUUUUUUUACCCAAAAAUUAAAACGGCUGGGGAGCAACACAGGCAUGCAAAAAGUUCCUGGGGUGCCAAUUAAGGGGUGCGAUUGGCUAUUUGAUGGCCCCUAUGUGAACUGGUAGCCUACAAGAGUCUCUAUUUGGCAGUACACCUGGUUUUUAUGCAACCAAAAAUUGACUCCAAGCUUGGAAUUUAAAAAUAAGCUCCUGCUUUGAGGCCACUGGGAGCAACAUCCAAUGGGUUGGGGAGCAACAUGUUGCUCACGAGCCACUGGUUGGGGAUCACUGGCCAAGAGUCUCAUAUGAAUUUGCCUGUCCCAAUCUAAACUCUGCUUUUACUGUAACAAUAUAGACAAUCUCUGUUUAA